AUGGUCGUAGUCACUGCUAAAAUAGAAGACAUCACAUCAAAAAUUGAACAGAAAUUUUAUCAAAAGGUUAUCGAGCUUGAUCAGAAGUUAUCUUACAAAAUGGAUAAGGAUAAACUUAAACAAGAACUGGAAGAAACUAAAAAACUAUCGAAAACUUCUGUUCCCAGUAUUAACAAUGUCAUUCUUAAAGUUGUAGUACGCAGGUUGAUUAUUCCAAAAUCCGUCCAAUGUUUUAUAAACGUGUUAAGAGACGGAAGGCUAACCACACCAUUCUGGAAGCUGUUCCAUACAUCCACCAAUAUGGAGUGA